GAGCCUCUGGGAGUGACAGUGCUGACAAGAAGGCUCAGGGCCCAAAAGGUGGUGGCAAUGCAGUAAAGGUCAGACACAUUCUUUGUGAAAAACACGGCAAAAUCAUGGAGGCCAUGGAAAAGUUAAAGUCUGGAAUGAGAUUCAGUGAAGUGGCCACACAGUAUAGUGAAGAUAAAGCCAGGCAGGGGGGCGACUUGGGUUGGAUGACAAGAGUGUCCAUGGUGGGACCAUUUCAAGAAGCGGCAUUUGCCUUGCCUGUAAGUGGGAUGGAUAAACAUGUGUUUACAGAUCCACCAGUUAAGACAAAAUUUGGAUAUCAUAUUAUUAUGGUUGAAGGGAGAAAAUAAA